CCUGAACGCUCCGACAAGGGGCAAGCGCGUCAUUCAGCUCUCGUCACUAAGGUCGUAGGAGCCGUCACCACUACCGUCACUGAAGCAACUUCGCCGGCCUGAUCCAGCAGCGCAAAGAGGGCCAGCUCGGCCGUCGCAACGUCUACGGCGUCUCGUUCGCUCGCAGCCUCUACCAUAUCGUCGCUCAGCCCACCUUUCAGUUCCACCAGCUCCGGGACCGAGACUACAUUGACACUACUUUCGAAGCAUCUUCGCGAAAAUGGGAGAUGAUUGCGAAUGCGGCUUCUACCACACCGAGGCUCAACCUUAUUGCCCGUACUACUCGCUUGCUUAUUCUCACGCCGCAUAGUGUUCAGCUGAACAUCCCUCCGGUUAUGCGUCAUGCUCAGCUGCCGCCGGUCGUCCAUAUGCCGCCGGUGUCAGUGCCGUCUGCCUACCAGUCGUCUGCGGGCGUCCAGCAACACCGGCAGCAAAACCGCCCGCAAAACCAUCACCAGCAGCAUUACUCUCAACGGGCGCAGACGCAGUCCGUUCAAGGACAGCGAAAUACGGUGCAGCAGGAUCAGAACCUUCCUGCACAGGACUAUGCACAUGCCACGACAAUCCUAUCUCUCGUUGCGCCCCAGGCCGGUCUUGGCUGCAUGUCCGCCUCCUCUGCGCACCAUCGCUGGCAGUCCAAUCCAGUCCCAACUCUCCGUACCCCGCGAGCCAUUCUUGAGCUCCUGUCCGCCACUUCCGCGCAGGACCAUGGGCAAGCUAUCACGGGCUCGUCUCUCUGCCCCCUCCACCAAGAGGGCCUCAGUCGUGUGCCAACCACCCCUGCGCAGGCCCAUGGACAGGGCAUCACACACCCGUCUUUCCGCACCCCACAAGGCGGUCGUAGCUCCCUGCCCACCACCCCUGCGCAGGACCGUGGACAGACUAACACGGAUCCAUCUCUUCGCAACCCACGAGCCAGUCAUAGCCGCAUGCCCGCUACUCCUACGCAGGACCAUAGGCAGGCUACCGUCACUGAUUCAUCUCUCCGCAUGCUGCAAGUGGGUCACAGUCACAUGCCCGCCACCGCUACGCACGACCAUGGACAGGCUAUUGCUGGCCCGUCUCACCGCGCUAACCAAGCCAGUCUCAGCCCUACGCCCAGUCGCGAGCCCACCAUCACUCCAUUCCCAGACAAAUAACCGCCCGCCGCCUCGCCAACGAGUUUGCCGAGCGCGAGGCCUUCGAGAUCUACGCCCGAGCCUUCUCCAGCACCCUCGAUCACUUCUUGCAGGUCGAGAAAAACGGCGUCGGUGUCUCCACCGUUGAGCGGCAGGCUGCGAAGACCCGAUUCGUGCUGGGGUGUCGGUAUCGCGCUGAUACCCCGUACCGUGCCUGGGUGCGUGAGAAUAUGGCUGAGCCGGAGAGUGAGGAGGAAUUCUUCUAACCUUUGUUGAUCGGCUGCCGUGACUGAUGUGCUCCUUCGGAUGGCUGACUUGCCCUCCUUGACACGCAACUCGCAACACAGUCAUUACUGCAACCAUGCUCGCUUGCCUAUCAGAACCUCGGCCACCUUCGCCGUCC